GGGCAGCUGCCGUGGGAGUCCGCUCUCCUCUCCGGGCUUCGCCUCGGCUCUGCUCUGCUCCUGGCCUCGCUGGGCCGCCGCGCCGAGGCGAGCUGAGCCAGCCCGGCGUGUGUGUGCAGGCGCAGGCGGGGGGGCUGCCGCAUGGAUAUAGGGAAGGCUGGGAGGGAACACAUGGGUUGGGUUUUUUUCCCUUGGCUGCCGGUGGCUGUCCGUCCUGCCGGCCGCGGGCAUGGAUUCGAUCAUUAUUCAGGAGCGGUUAGUGGAGCGGCUGCUUUCUCCCCGGACGCAGGCACAGCGAAGCCACCCAGCCAAGCUGAAGGACCAUGAGAAGCAGUAUGUGGGCUUUGCCACCCUGCCAAACCAGGUCCACCGGAAAUCUGUGAAGAAAGGUUUCGACUUCACCCUGAUGGUUGCAGGAGAGUCGGGUCUGGGCAAAUCCACGCUGGUGAAUAGCCUGUUCCUGACAGACCUCUACAAAGACAGAAAGCUCCUCAAUGCUGAAGAGAGAAUCAGCCAGACGGUGGAGAUCGUCAAGCACACAGUGGACAUUGAGGAGAAGGGUGUCAAGCUGAAGCUGACCAUAGUGGACACACCAGGCUUUGGAGAUGCUGUUAACAACACUGAGUGCUGGAAGCCCAUCACCGACUACAUUGACCAGCAGUUUGAGCAGUAUUUCCGUGAUGAGAGUGGCCUGAACCGCAAGAACAUCCAGGACAACCGAGUGCAUUGCUGCCUUUACUUCAUCUCGCCCUUUGGGCACGGAUUGAGGCCUGUGGAUGUUGAGUUCAUGAAGGCUCUGCAUGAGAAGGUCAACAUUGUGCCCCUGAUUGCCAAAGCUGACUGCCUGAUCCCCUCCGAGAUCCGGAAGCUAAAAGAGAGGAUCCGGGAAGAGAUUGACAAAUUUGGCAUUAAAGUGUACCAGUUUCCUGAGUGUGACUCUGAUGAAGAUGAGGAGUUCAAACAGCAAGACAGAGAGCUGAAGGAGAGCGCUCCCUUUGCCGUCAUCGGCAGUAACACUGUGGUGGAGGCGAAAGGCCAGCGGGUCCGUGGACGGCUGUACCCUUGGGGCAUUGUGGAAGUGGAAAACCAGGCACACUGCGACUUUGUGAAGCUGCGGAACAUGCUGAUCCGGACACACAUGCAUGACCUGAAGGACGUCACUUGCGAUGUCCACUAUGAGAACUACCGAGCUCAGUGCAUCCAGCAAAUGACCAGCAAGCUGACUCAGGACAACAGGAUAGAAAGCCCGAUUCCUAUCCUGCCUCUCCCUACACCAGACACUGAGACAGAGAAGCUGAUCAAAAUGAAGGAUGAGGAGUUACGGCGGAUGCAAGAGAUGCUGCAGAAGAUGCAGCAGCAGAUGCAGGAUCAAUGAGAGGCACUCGGAGGGCAGAGGGAAUUCCCCAGUGACCAUCUGAGGCCUGGCAAGAGCUGUGGACGUUUAGAAAAGGUUUCCUGUUGUAUAGAGACUUGUGGGCAAGAGCUGCACCCGCACCCUCUAAUUUAUUAGCAGCAGUGCUGGCUUUGCGGUCAGCUGGAUUGUGGAGGAGGCUGUUCACUUAACAGUUUACUGAUGCAUAUUUCUUUUUUAAUAAUUAUUCUUUCUUCUUUUUUUUUUUAAUUUUUUAUUUUUAAAGAAAAUAGCCUGGGAAGUCUCUAAGACAUCCUAAAUAAGAAAAAAAGAAAAGAAAAAGAUGUCCCUUUCCCAUGUACUAAUCUCUUGUUUGGGAAUGCUCUGGUAUUUAAAGUCCUGGUUUCUCUGGUGUACGAACUUGACUAUCUGUGUCAAUGCACGUAAAUGUUUACUCCCAACUGAGGUGCUGUGCCCCCUUCCCCAUUCCCCUUGUGUGGGGCCAGCACAAGCAUUGUAAAGGCAGCCAUACCCUCUUGUGAGUUUGACCUGUGCUGAUUGGGCUCCUCAGCCUGAGGCCAGCUGUGGCCCAAGGGAGCUGGGGCUGGGGGUUUCUCUGUGCACUGACCUGCUCAGGGGUCCUGAUGGUUGCCUGGUUUCCUGCCUGGGUUUUUUGUUUAGUUGGUUGGGUUUAGUUUUCCUAUCAAAAAACUCUGGGAUCUUUGCACUGAGUGGUGAGGGACUGAGUCUCUUGACAUCAGUUAGAAGAAAACAUUUUCUAUUGCUCUCAGUUUUGUCUUUUCUGGCAGAGAGGAUGAGUUGUUGAUUGCUGCCUGCAAGGAGGAGAUGAUGUGAAUGAGCACUUUCCCAGCCAUGGUUUCCUCUCAUGGCAGGCUGGAGGUGUUAGUAGAGGGGAACCCCAGAGUCCUCCAGUUGAUAGCUGGGUGAGGUUUAGCUCUGGUCAUCCAGCUGCAGUUGUCUGGAGUAUCUGUUCUGAAAAGCACUGUGGCAGCCACAACACUUGGUUGGGACUGCUUCGGAAGGGAUAGAAACCCUAGGGCUGAAAUCCAUCCCUGAAUGCAGAGCACCCUGGCUGCAGGCUUUGCUGUCCUAGAAGUGCAUUGCUGGCCUGGAGCUGCUGCUGAGAAAAGGACCAGUUUUUGUAGACUUGUUCCAGAGAUCUGCAAGCUGCCUGCCCAGGCAGGUGUGGGGUCAGCAUGUGCAGGAGUGUCACUGCAUGGGGCUGAGCACAGCCCAGCAGACUUGGCACUUGCUCCCCUGCCCUUCCCCUGGGUUUCAGCCUUUCUCCCCCUCCCUCAUCCGAGGCUCUUCCUGUCUCAGUGCUGGGAAGGCUGGUGGAUCUGCUGGGCAGAGAUAAGAGCACUUGUUGGCCAGCAGCUUCUGUCCUGUUCUUGCUUCCUGCAGUAUUUUUAACUUUAGUCCAGCCAGAGCAGAGCGCUGGAGUGUGAUGGGGCUGACAGGGCAGGUCUCACACUGCUGCGCUUGCAGGGAGUCAGGGAGAGAAAUACACUUGGCUCUUCUCUCCAACUCCAGGGAGAGCUACCAUGGGCUGGGCCCUUCGGCUCCUCUGGCUCCCAGCCUGAUUCCUCUGUCUCCUUUCCCCUUUUCUACCUGUUCCUCCACCGCUGACUCCCCAGUAGAUCUACCUGGGUAGGAAACACAGUGUUGGCCAGGAAUGGCUAGACCCUGAGUUACGUUAUUAGGCAUUGCAGGGCUUGUCCAGGUGGUGAGUAGUUUGGCUGGUUCCAGUUAUUCACUGUACAGAGCCCCUGCUUAGCCUGAACAUGGGCUGUAGCAGCAGGGCAGAGGCCCUGGCACAGGGUGGAAGGACAAAGCAAGGGUGGAAGCCCCUUAGCAGAAAUGUACAAGCUGGGCAAGAGCAGUGUCCAACAAUUAUUGUUUUUUCUUUCAUUUUCCCCUAUACUUGGCUCAUAAGCAACAGUGGCAGUGCCAGCCUAGGAGAGGGGAAGGGUUCAGCUUGUCGUCAGUAACAUGCAGGACCAAGGUGCUUAAGGAGGAAAUACACCCUUUCUUUAUGCAAUGUUCUUACUUGAGCAGGGGAGUAGCCUGAAAGAGGAGCUGCCUCCAAGUUCCUCUUUCAAACAGAUUUGUUCCUAGAAAACAAAGGAGACCUUUACCUUCUGGAGUAGAGGAGCUGACAGCUUUUAUGCUGGGCUGUGUGCAGAAGUGCUGUAUGCUGGUGAGAGCACUGGGUACACUGGUCAUAGGCAGGCAGGAUUGCUGAGGGUCUGUCCCUCCGGGUGAGGAAGUCUCCAUCAGCUCAGUGCACAUGGCUCCUACGUCAAGUCAGUAGACACAAGUCAGUCCCCUACAGCGAGCUGAAGCCUUUGGCUACCAGCUGAUAAAGGUUGUUCAACUUGUCCACAGAAUGCCCAGGAGUGAGGCACUAGAGAUGGCUUCUGCAGAGAGGCAGUGAAAUCAUGUCUCCGUGCAGGAGGUUCCCUGCACAGAGCACCACUUUGGGGGCUGCCUGGAACAGGAUUAGAGACUGACUUUGGGGGUACCAGGGCCUCCAACUCUGGCCUAAAAUGUGGCAUCUCUUUAGUAAAGGAGUGUUUUGUACUACAGCAUUGAGCUGCACAGUAAGUGGAGAAGAGACUCCUGAACAAAUGUAGCUUGGCCAUUUGGCUCUGGCAGUGAGAAGUGUGGAUAGGAAAGAUAUUUAACACCUCCCCUCACACAACCCUCCACAGCCUCAUAUGCGACCCUUGUACCUCCAGGCACAUUCCCAUGUCUCUGCCAAGCUUUGCCCUGCUGAGUGAGUCCCUGCAGGGCUGGUGUCCUGCUCUACAGACCUAUCCCAGGCUGCAGCUGAGGCUGUCGGUACAACAUCUCAGACCUUGUGCCUGGCUGGGAAUGGAGCCAUGGCAUGAACUCCUUGUGCGCCGCUGCCUGUGUCCUGCCUGUGCAGUCUUUGCUGCCUUCCCGCAUGCCUCCCCCCAGAGAAGGAGGGGGUCCCACUCUUCCUGCUUUGCAAUGGUAUUCCCUGCUCCUCCUCACAAACUCUUGCUGUGCUUUAACUCUGGCUUGCUCCUGCCACGCAUUUUCCCCACCCCUUGCUCCAUUCCUAGGCUGUUUGUUUCCUGUCCAUCUGUUGGGUUAUUAUAAUAUAUAUUUUUUUGUAAAUUUCUGUUUGAACAUUUUGUCAUUGUGAAAAAAGAAAAACAAAACCUUUUAAACCAUAUCCAUUUUAUUAAAUGAUUAUUAUUAUUAUUAAUGUUUACUACCUGAAUUGAUCAGUGAAAUAAAUACAUUCAAAACCAACAA